AUCACAUUGAAGCUACUACUAACUUGCAUCAUAAGGUACAUGUCUCGUAUUGACGCCCCAAACGCCCAAUUCCCUUUCAAUCGAGCAUGUUAUCGCGUUGCGUUGCAAUUUUGCCCAGCUCAUUCCAUAACAUACAAUCUUGAUCAUUCAUUCCAAUCCAUACCGGCUGGCUCGGGCUUAAAAACCACUCGUCAAAUCGUGAGCGGAAAGUUUGUAAAACAAUGACGUCCGAUGCGGGAUUGUUCCGUGGACUUGAUUGACUUUUUUUCGGGGGCGCAUUUAAGCUCCAUCCUCGUCAUCGCCAACGCGGAUGGUGCCCUCAGCACCAGCACCGUUGGUCCAGUAACCUCCAAUCUCGGGAGUAGUGUCGCGGUUCUGUCGCGUAGCAGUGAUGAUCCAGAGGCCGAGAACAGCCUUGGUGAGGACGUCGAGGACGGCGUAGAUGACGACCUCGGUACCGACCUUGACCUUCCAAGCGCCACCAGCGGCACCCCAGACACUGUGGACAUUAGCUUUGUUCAAUUGAAGAAUGGUGAGAGAACUUACACAAGGUAGACGAGCCAGAGGAUGAGAGAAGCGACGGAGAUGGAGCCAAAGAGGCGAGCGAUCUUAGUGCCGCGGGCACGAGAGGUUCGGGAGCCGGGGACAGCGACGUGCCAGAUGGUGAAGACAAAGGCGAUGACGCUGAUAGCAUACCAUCCCCAUUUCUGGGCAGUGUUGGCAUGUCCAACAGCGGAGAAAGCACCCGCGAGAACAAAGAUCACAUUAGCAAUGACGGCAAAGAUGGUAUGCGCACCAUCAACACCCGCGAGGAGACAAAGCUCGACGACAAGCAGCGGUGUCGAGAGCGUCCAGUCAACAUAUCGGGCCCAGAAGACCUGGCGACAGACUUCAUGGUGGGUGUCAGGAACAUGCUUGUGGUGAUCCCUCACGCUGGUGCAGUUGAAGUACGAUGUCUGACCAGACGCCAUGGCGAAGUAGGCGAGGGCAGAGAUGAUGGUGGUGAGAGUUGUGAGGAAGUAAAAGAUGCGACGCUGCACGGCAACGUUCCAUGAUAGCAGGGCGAAGAUGGCAGACACGACUGUCAUAGCGACGAAGAGAACCCAUAGAGCGCGAACGCCAUUGUGGCCGAUGGUUUGGUAGUGAGUCGGUUCGGCUAAAACAUCAUCAUCAGUAAAGCUCUUAGACCAGGGUAAGAACGAAACAUACGAACGACGGUGGGAAUGGGAGCAACCCCUCCAUGAGUCUUGAAAGCCUCCAUGUCGACAAAAAUCUUUAAAAGCUACUCAAUUGAAAGAUUCUCAAGCUUCGAAGCGAUGAAGAAGCUAAUAAGAAGCAGAAAGAAGCUCGAGGCUGGGGCGGCGGAGCUUAUAAGAAGAGAGGCGGGAGCUUACGCCGCAUCUGCCUGAGGCGUUCUCAAGCCGUGCCGUGAGUGCUUGAAUGAUUGGAUUGGACGUUUCGUAAGUGAAAACAAAACGUCAUCAAUGACAUGUUAGACUUGCGCGGGUUUGCACAGUGAAAGCAGGUAUUUAGGAUGCGGGGGAAUGAACGCUUUCAGGUUACGCGAGGCCAUCGUGUGUGAGAGGCGUCACGAAUACGUAAUUUUUGUAGCGAAUCAUGAGAGGGGUAUGUCUCUGUCAUAUGAUGGGGAACAUUAACGAUGCAAGUUAUGCAUAUUUAUGUUGCAGUUCAGUAACGAUUCUGUUGUAUUUUUCUUAUUUUUUAUUACUGUAGCUGGAAUGAACCUGAAGCUUUGACUGUGAUGUGUUAAGCUUCCCAGACACAGCGCGUACCACAGACGUCACAAGCGGAUCGACAAAAUGUUUAGACUCGUGUUUUUGUCUUUCCACGUCGAGCUAGAAACUUUGUGGUACCACAAAUACCCGACGCCGGAGGAUUUUCUCAGACGGAAGAAUAAUUGUUCCCUGCUGCCUUGGCUUGAGUUGCAGAUCUUAAGGAGAUGAAUCUCGAUCGUGUGGAAGAUCGAUCCCUGGGAGGGAAGAGGGAGACGCAGGUGACACGGCAGAAAAGGUCCCGUCAGCCCGUGUCUCAUAUUUUCCAGCUGUCCACAGUCACUCCGUACAAGGUCGGGCAUUGUUUUGGGACGAGACGGGAGAGUGCAUGAGGGAGAGAGAUCGGUGAGGAAUUAUCGUAAGCCAUGAUGCAACUCGCCGUCUUGCAUUCUCUCUCUCCUCUUGUCUCCCAGCCCGUCAGUCAGUAUCAAACGUUCCCUCCAUUUGCUGUCGUAAGCCAUCAUACCACGUCUCCCCCGCAAAUUCCCCAGACUCAGAAAGUAAUCACCUGCCGAACAUCGGCUUUUCCAAAACCUGGAGAGUCCAAUAACCACUCCCGCUUCCCGCUUCUUGUUGACAUGUGAACGGGACCCCAACCCCGAUUCAUGACGCAUCCUGGCUUAGUGACAGCCAACUUGUACCACGUGCACCUCCAGCACCUCCACCAUGAUUGGACUGUUCCCAAUUCCAUACAACCAACAAUUUCCAAGCGGUGUGCAGCUGGAAGCACAAGAGUCAGAUGUUGUUGUAUUGCUGAGAGAGUCUUUGUCAGAAAGAAUCAAUAGCCUACUGAACUUGUUGGGUAACAAAGUAAAUUUAGCUGGGGAGAGUCGGCUGUCAAGGACAUGAUCCCUGGAGAAGCACUGAAUACAGGGCAUUUUAGUGGUCCAUGCUCCUCCACGUCAAAAAUUGGUGGGGAAUGGGGCCUCAGCUCGGCAAGUGGAUUCAAUUUGGGAAUCGCAACGAAAACGAAAGCAAAGUGUCAUUUCGCCGUCUUUCCUUUCCAAACUAAACCAAGAAAUUCCUCACUUUUAACUCUAAAUCCAACGAUACAAUAAACUCAUCAUUCAGAAUCACCACCUCAAGAUCAUCUUCCUCGCCCCUUAUCAUUUCACCUCCAAUUCUUCAUGUCUCAGCGCCCCCUCCAUUAACCCCCACCACUUCCGUUAACCCUUCCGCACCUACAAAUGCUUCUCGACUUGUGACCACGAUUCCCUGUCCGAACUGUCUGCUCGAAUACAAUAUCCUUAACCCCCGACGCCUUGCGACACUACAACUCUAAUCUUACAUGUACACAACACCGUUUGCCAUGCUAUAACCUCGUUCCUCCGACCUCGCACACGACCGAACCUGCGCUUCCACGGCGCGGGCUUUCACCAUGGCCGACCUUAUUCUCCCUGCCCGCGCGGUCCCUAGUAUAUACAACAAAUCUACAAAAUCCCCAGUUAAAUCGAAUAUCAAAGCGAAGCGACCGCCGGUAUCUUCAGUUCCUGUUGUCGGCACGCUGCAAGCGGCGAUUAAAUCGGCCAACGAUACAUGGCAGUGGUGUAAAGAUGGCUUGACAGAAGAUCAGCGCUUGAAGAUUAAGCAGUUGGAGGACAGGAAGCGCAUGCUAUGCAUGUCCAUGCAGAAUGCCGAGUCCCACGCACAAUGGGAGAGUGCCGCGAAAGAGCUCGACAGUCUCGAAGGCAACGAUGAAUGGAAGCGCGAUUCCUCGUCAGGCGACUAUAACCCCGAAUUGAUCGAACAAAGACUGCAUGACCUGGACGAGGCGCGGACGAAAUGCGAUGUACAUACAAUGAUGCACCUGAUCCGUACCGCUUUGUCGCGCGACCUUGGCGGGAUGGAUAACGUUGACCUAUACCGACACUCUUACUCCGGGACGAAACAUCUUAUCGAGCGAUAUGUCGAAUCUACAAUAAAGACUAUUGAUGCUGUUAUCACGCAAAGCCGGCUUGACCAGAGUAUUGAGAACAGAGACCUACUUGAAGGAAUAUUGUUUGCUCGACAGAGUUAUGGCCGAAGCGCAUUACUUUUGUCUGGUGGAGGCACCUUUGGCAUGUCGCAUAUUGGUGUUCUCAAAGCUCUUUUCGAAGCGCAGCUGUUGCCACGAAUUAUAUCUGGCGCAAGCGCUGGGAGUAUCGUGUGUGCUGCCAUGUGUACCAGGACCGAUGAGGAGAUCCCGAAGCUUAUUGAAGAGUUUCCGUAUGGGGAUCUUGCGGUUUUCGAGGAUCCUAGCGGUCAAGAUGGUGUUUGGAGUAACUUGCGUCGGUUGUUGACGGAGGGAAGUUGGUCUGACAUCAAGCAUCUGACACGGGUAAUGAGAGGAUUGAUGGGCGACAUGACGUUUCAAGAGGCUUACAACCGGACGCGGCGCAUUCUCAACAUAUGUGUCUCCACGGCUUCGAUGUACGAAUUACCACGUCUUCUCAACUACGUCACUGCACCGAAUGUCAUGAUCUGGUCCGCCGUCGCUGCAUCAUGUUCUGUCCCUCUCGUCUUCAACGCUGCGCCGCUGCUUGUCAAGGAUCCGAUUACUGGCGAGCAUCAGCCUUGGAACCCUACGCCCCAAAGAUGGAUCGAUGGGUCUGUUGACAACGAUUUACCGAUGACUCGUCUUGCGGAAAUGUUCAACGUCAACCAUUUUAUUGUUUCUCAAGUUAAUCCGCACGUCGUGCCAUUCCUUGCAAAAGAUGACCACUUGUCGCCAUUUCGAAAGCCAGAACGAGGUCAGCAAACAAAUGGCGAAGAUUACGAUUGGAUCCACACCAUGACAUCUCUUGCGCGCGACGAGGCCUUGCAUCGACUUCAUUUUCUGGCCGAACUCGGCAUCAUGCCCAACCUUGCGACCAAGUUCCAGAGUGUUCUCAGCCAGAAAUAUUCCGGUGACAUCAACAUUCUUCCCGAGAUGAGUAUAAACGACUUGCCCCGGUUAUUAAGCAACCCCAGUCCAGAAUUUAUGAUGCGCGCAUGUCUCAUGGGCGAACGAGCGACAUGGCCCAAAUUGAGUCGGGUACGCGACCGAUGCGCAAUUGAACUGGCAUUGGAUCGAGCUGUACACAGACUUCGAGCUCGAGUUGUCUUUUCGCAAAGUCAACGCGAUCUUAGACAUUUGAACGUCACUGCUGGAAACAUCCCGCUUAAGCUGCCGGUUAGAGUAAAGCAGGGCCAAGCAGUAAUUGAACCACCCGCAGAGAUUAAGAACCAGAAGCGACAUCGCCGCAAAUCUGGAAGCAGUCUGCACGUCGGACCUCGACAGUGGCUAUUACUCGACACGAGCACCAUCACCGACGACGACACCGAACAAGAAGAGCUCAUCGAGAUGGAAUCUCGUCGACGCGCUGGGUCACCCGUAGCACAGCGCAAGCCCCGCCUCAAGCGCGCAUCCCGAUCACAGAUCCAUAUCCACACCCGAGCCACCCUCUCAGCCGUCGUCGACGCAGAAGAAGUAAACCCAACGUUCAAUUUCUCCAAACCAAUUACUCCACCAUUAAAGAGCCCGAAGGGUACCGAGUCACAGGCAGGGACACCAGAGCCGGACAACGUCACUUCCGCGACAGAGGCAGAACCAAGUGAAGUGUUUCACUCGAGCGACGGGCGGGAAGACACAGAUGUUAGCGAUCCGGAAACAAUUGAGGUGCAUCAGUUGUCGAGUACGCUUAAUAAGGCGGUUAGUGUGGAUGAACCGAAUGGACCUGCUGCGAGGGCUGGGUGGAUUCUUUGGGACUAGGAUGUCAAUAAUAGAUGAGGUGUUCUGAGGAGGGUAGAAGGGAGGAUGAGGCAUAGAGCGAGAUUACUCACGAAGCAUUGUGUUUGGUGUUUAGCAUGGGAUUUGAGCAGCAUUGAGAUAUACCAUUCAUAUAAAGCAUAUUUUAUUUAUCUGAAUUGGAGGGUCUGAGCCUCGAUCUUCUGUGAGCUCUUCGUUAGGCGGAGUUUGUGUUGAGGUGGAUGUUUGUCUCAACACCGGCUACCCUAAAGUCAUCGUAAGUUUAUAUAAAAAACGUCAACUUCUUUACAAUGCCC